AUGCUCGUCCGAUCCCUCUCCGGACAGCACGGACCUGAUCCCAUGCUCCCGCGGCAGACUCGACAACACAGACUUGGCUGUGGUGUUCAGGUCGAAGAUGUGAUGCUCGGUGUGAUGUACAGAGUCCUCAAAGUUGUCGGCGAGCUUCUGAUUGUCCAUCUCGAGCCUGUGACACUCGACCCGCAGCCCGAAUCGUUUGCUAAGCUAUUUCACUGUUCUCGCGGCAAUGUCUGCCGGGGCGGAUGA